CAUGCGCCGAUUCUCUGCAUCGCAUAUAUGGCAAAAUCGCCUCGUGCUGUCCUCCAUCGGGUUUGCAGUUUGCCGCUGUUGAUCGUAUCUUGGAACCCUUUUCGAGAAGACUGGAUAUUAUAAACCGCAAAGAUGGCACGCCAGACAGUGCUAAGUGCGAACCUCAAGGAGAGGCACGUCAACAUGAUGGCCUUUACCGCAUGUGUAGGAUUCGGGUUGUUCCUGCAGUCCGGUAUCGUCAUCAAUAUGGCCGGACCUGGUGUUGCUGUCAUUGCUUUCGCAUUGGCGUGCACAAUCAUGUGGGCCAUUGUUGGUUGUGUCGGAGAGAUGACGGCGUUGUUCCCCAUUCCGGGUCCACUAUUCGAGUUCCCUGGACGGUUCUUGGAUGAAUCGGUAGGAUAUGCUACGGGAUGGCUGUCCUGGUUCGCGCUUACGGUCACAAUGGCGGCUCAGAUCAUGACCAUUUCCCGGCUGUUCAAGUUCAAUUUCGACCCCGAGUAUCUUCGCGACGUGGGAUACCCGGACGAAACGCUCUCCUGGAACACUGGCGGUGUAUCACCAGCUGCCUGGGUGUUCAUCUUCCUCAUCAUCAUCUUCGCGGUGAACAUUCUGCCGGUCCGGAUAUACGGCGAAGUCGAAUACUUCUUCGGCACCUGCAAAAUGCUGUUUAUUUCCGGGAUCAUCAUCUUCAAUGUCAUCGUAUCGGCGGCGCAGCUCGUCCCCCAUAGCUCGAACUUCUGGACGUGGAACAACCCGUGGGGAUUCUCGACCGAUGCAUUCGUCCUCAAGGUUGACAGCGAGCUGAAACCGACCAACGCGCUGACAGGCGAUGUUGGCCGGCUGGUAGGCUUAUGGACAGGUAUGACGACUGUCAUGUUCAGCCUUCUCGGCUUCGAAACCAUUGCGAUGACGGGGCCUGAGAACAAAGACCUUGAGAAGUGGGAGACUAUCAAAAUGUCCAGCAAGAAGCUCGUCAUGCGGGUCAGCCUUCUAUACUGUCUAGCAUGCUUCACAGGGGGCCUCAAUGUCCCCUACGAUGACCCCUACCUCAUCGAAGCACGAUGGGGAUCGAUCCAGGGUGGCCAGAACAGCUUGUUUGUCAUUUCCGCUGUUCGUAACCGCAUUCGAGGUCUCCCUCAGUUCCUCAAUGGUUUCUUCAUUUUCAGCUGCACCAGCGCUGCGAUCAGUUUAGUAUACAAUUCGUCCCGUCUGCUUCAUGCCUUGGCCAGCAUCCCUGAAGCCUGGCCUCUCUGGGCCCAGAGCUGGCGCCGUCGUCUCGAGCGGACGACCAGCCAGGGCGUGCCACUCGCGACGGUGACGGUGAGCUGGUCCAUCGGCUUCCUCGCCUUCCUUUCGGUGCAGCCCAAUUCAUCCCUAGCCCUCGGCCGCAUGGCUACUAAUGCCACCGUCUCGGUCCUCGUCGUCUACUCAGUCAUCUGCUUCUCCUACAUUCGUUUUUUUCACCGCCUCAAGCGCGCGGCCGAGGACCCUUCCCUCGAAAACCGCAGCGCCUUCAACCGCGAGGACCCACAAUACCCCUACCGCACAUCUGGCCAGCUCUUCCGCGCAGUAUACGGCUUUGUGUUCUGCAUCUUGCUGAUCCUCCUGAACGGAUGGCAGGCGUUCUUGUCACCAUUUGCAGUAGAGGACUUUAUCGUCAGCUAUGUCGGACCGGUGGCGUUCCUGAUCCUCAUUCUGUUCUACCACAUCAAGAGCGAUGGGUGGAAUCCGGCCAACUGGAGGUGGAGUGCAAGCAUGCAGAUCCAAAGACCGCCGCCGAAAGUGGUGGUCAGUGGAAGAAGGAGGGGGAAGUUGGUAUUUCCCGACCAAAAAGAAUUAUUCACUUCGGACAAUGGGAAAUCCCUGCUGGAGUGGAUUUGGGUGUGGUUGAAGUAAACAUUGGUCGAUUUGAGCGUUCUGUUAUAGUUUCAGCGUCAUUUUUGAAUCGGAUAAAGCGUCCUUUGGUUGAUUGGCUACGAGUGGCACGAUGCAGUGUAUAUGUGGCGCAA